AUGGCACAGUAUUUGAGUUUUAUUCUGAAAAAUGAUACGACAUUACUUUCUCAAGGUAUCGAUGAGAAUUUAUUUGGCGAAGAAAAUGAUAAUAUAUAUGAUGGUAAUGAUUUACAUUACAAAAUUCCAUUUUGGAUUGGUGCUAUUGUAAUUAGUCUCCUUCUUUUAUCAAUCAUCAUUGCAACAAUACGUUAUUGCUUUUAUGCGUUAUGUUCAUCGCACAUAGAAACAGAAAAAAUAGCAUUAAUGCCAGCAAAAUCACCAUGUUCUUCCUCAAAUGUUCCCAUUAAAAUUCAACGUCAAACAAGUAAACUACCUGAUCGAAUUCUUUAUAAUUUAUCAGAUGAGAAUGACACAUCAUUAUCCUCUAUUGAACAAUCACAAGAUCAAGAGUCAGCAAUUACUAUUAUACCAAUCAAUCGCCAUCAUUCUCGAUCACAUUUGACAUCGUCACGACGACAUCACAAAACUGACGAUGUUGAUCAUACAAAAAAUGAUUAUUUUUCACCAAAACAAAUAUCAACUUCUCAAAUCUCGAUCGAUUUUCGAAAAAGAAUUAACGGGAUUUAUGUUUUACCUGUUUCACCUACUCUUUCUUCUCCAUCAUCAUCAACAAUAAAUCCAGAUGAAAUUAAAAAAAUUGGUUCGAAAACAAUCCCUAGUCGAUCUGGAAAAAGUUCUUCAUCGUCAGCAGAUAUUCAUCAUGAUUUUGAAUUUAGUGGAAUUCAAAAUAAUUCUUUUACUGAUUCGCCAAAAUCAAACGAUCGUAUAUUACGAUUUAUUGAACCACCUUUGCAACCUCCACCAUUACCACCAAUAAUUUCACAGACAAAUCUCUAUCACAAUAACAAAUCAUCAUCAUCAUCAUCAUCAAAACAACAUUCAGCUGCCGUAGAUCUGAAACUCAAUAUAAACACGCUUCCGUUGAAUACUUUUGAAGAAAAUAAAAUGAAAAGAACUUCAGCGCCACCUGUAGCUUGUCGAACACGAAAACCUUUACAAUUAUCAGUCGGAUUAGAUGAACUCACAAAUCAAUCAAAUGAAAAUAAUUUUCGAUUAACAUUAGAGCCAUCUCCACAAGAUGACUGUUCAGAACGUACAUGGCCACAACCACCUGAAUCUUUGACAACAUCAAUUAUCAGUCGACCAUCUUCAAUAUCCUACGAUCAUUUAAUUCCUACAAUAAUUAUGCAUCAAAAUAGUACGACAAAUCGUUUUCAUCGACAUCAACAUGAUGCAGAUAUAAUACUAACAGAAUCAGAAACAUAG